AUGUCAGAUUGGUCUGCUAGUGAAAACGCGGAAAUGGAAACCAGUUUCGAUGGUGAUGUUAAAGAUAUAGCAAAUGAAGAACGAUUAGAAAUUGAAUUACGAUUUCAACAAGAUAUAUCAAACUUUGCAGAAAAUUUAUUUGAUAAAAACAAAUAUCCAAAUUUAUUGGCAGACACUAGUGUAACUGUGUCGCUUCCUAGUGAAAAAAAUUAUGCUGGUGGUCUUGAUGGUAUGGAUAAUGAUGGUCGGGUUUGUGAAAUACCAGCUGACACUAACAAAAAUAAAACUAAUAUUGAAAAAGGCAAGUGGUUUUCAGGUAUAAACCCAGGAAAAAAUUCACUUGAUACUUUAAUUGAAAAAAUAUGUGAAGAUUGUGGCAUUAAUAUUGGUAAGCGACACGUAGUAAAUCGUUCCAUGAAAACAACUGAUAUAAUUCAAUUAACAAAAUUAGGUGUUCCUUUUAAUGAAAUUAUGAUGCUUAACAAUGUAUCAUCGUUAAUCGAUUCAGAAUCAUCAUCAUCACCUGAAAAAUCUGAAGCUGGUAUUAAAGCAGAUGUUGAAUCAUGUAAUGAAGAUGUUGAUGAUUGUGCAUCAUCAACAGUAGUAUAUAAAAAAAUUCACAUUAAGUCAAUUUUGGGAAUAUCUCAACGAUCUUAG